GCGUCGUUAAAGCGGCGGCAGCGCGCGAUUGUAAGUCGUAAGUUGGAAGUGGGGAGGCCGUGGUCGGCGGGUCCCCUUCGAAUGGCGAUACCGAGUGGUGGGGAGGCAGCAAAGACAACGGAGAAAUGCCGAUCGCCCGCUGGGCCGCACGCUGUUCUAUCUUUGCCGUCGUGCCGACGAUCCACUGGUGAGCCACGGCGCUAAAUGGCCCUCGGGGCAAGGCCGUCAGCCCUUUUCUUUCCCGUUUCCAACCUGAGAUAGACGCAAAUCCAAAUGGGCGACAGAGUCUACGCCGCGGAGCGUAUUAUGAAGAAGAGGUCUCGCAGGGGUCAAGUAGAGUAUUUCGUCAAAUGGAAAGGCUGGAGUCAAAAGCAUAGCACAUGGGAGCCAGAAGAAAAUAUUCUGGAUAGCAGGCUUAUUGACAUAUUCGAACAAAGCCAGAGAAAUGACAGUGCUGCGCACAAAAGAGGCCCAAAGAAAAAACAGGUUUCCCAGGCUCCGGCUCCCGUGGAAGCGGAGAGAGAGGUAAAUGAAGAACCUCCUGAAGAGCCGAAAACUCCUGAGGAAGAACCACCUCCGGAAGAACCGCCAGCCGAACCACCUGUUACUGAUAACAAAAAUGGAGAACAAAGCCAAGCAGAAGAGGAACGCGAUAAGUCUCCUGUUCCUGAACCUGAUAAUAAAAAAGAAAAGAAAGAAGCCACACCUCCACCUCCGGCACCACCUUCCACACCUCCGGCACCACCGCCCACCGAGCCUGUCAAGCCUGUGAAAGAUGAGCCGGUUUACAAUCCUGAAGAGGACGCGCCGAGACCCGGUACAAAACGGAAGGCUGAGGUGUUGAGUAAAGAAAGUGGUAAAAUUGGCGUCACUAUAACAACCAGUCCACCACACCCGGCGCCAAAGUUGCCGAAACUCUCACCACCACCUCAUCCCACAGUAAAGACGCCAUCACCUCCACAGAACAAAGUGAGUCCUGUUGAACAGGUCACAUCUCCACCUGUUACAAAACCAUCACCUCCAACAGCGCCUCCAGUCAAUAAUGUACCUGCGCCCACACCGCCUCAAGAAAAGAAGACAAGCCAACCCCAGACACAGCAGAACCAAGCCCCUGAGAAGAAGAAAAUCCAAAAUGGGCAUACCGGCAAUAAGCUAGUGACCCAUAUCCUCACCAACCCUGGCCCCGAGUAUUGGAGGAACAGGAAUCCGCUCGCUGACGAUAUCGUGAUUACCGACGUGACCGUCAACUUGAGCACAGUCACAAUCCGAGAGUGCAAAACUGAAAAAGGCUUCUUUCGAGAAAGGCCCAAUCAGAUAAAUCCGAGUGAUAUUAAAUAGCGAAAUUAUUUCCAAAACAGUAUUUUUCAUUGAUAGAUUAUCCGGCUGGCAUUCAGCGGUUGUACAUUAUUGUUCUUUGAUGGUAUAGUGUACAUAGUUAAAGAAAUCUGUUAAUUUUAGGGCUGAUUUAAGGAUAUUUUUUAUAUUGGGGGAAAAAAUCUAUUUUCAUCACAAUGUUCUGUUGAUUUGUUGUAAUAAACAACAAAGUUUUUUUUUUAACUAGGGAAAUAGUUAUUAAAAUACAGUUGAAGAAUAUAGAGUAGUACAUAUCUCCCUUAACUGAACUUAAGAGAAGAAAAUAAUUUUUUUUAUACUAUUUCUAUUUUACAUUGAUUAUAUAUAACUUAAAUCUUUUUAGUACUCCAAACAUAAAUUUGGAUCCUUAGGUUAAACAAAAAAAGUAUAUGCAUUUUAAAGUUGUUUUAAUCUCGUAAAUGAAAAUGCAUUUUCAUAAAAUACAAAAGUAUUUUCUUAUACUUUAAACUGCUUUCUUCCCAGAUGUAAACCUAAGGUGAUUUCAAUCAUGUUGCCUUGUCCCGUAGUCAGAUAAAGUGAAAUAUUUAAAUAAGACCGUAUCUUUUAACUGGUAAUCAGUUUAAAUUUUUAACUUAAAACUCUUUUAUUAUUUAUAACUAUGCUUGUGUAAAUAAUUGUAAAUAUUUUAAUUUAUUUCACUUUAUUUAUUUUUUUCCUACUUGAAAAACCUUGUGAGAUUUAAGAAAAGGGGUAAAGUACAAAAAUUGCUGUCUAUAAAAAAUAAUUAAUGUUUUGCUGAAUAACAAUUGAAUUUUUAUCUGUUUUUUAAUUAAAUGGAAAUUUUCAUUAAUGGCUUACUGUGGCUAGAGGAAAAAAUCAUUUGUAUUUCAGCAAAAUCCUUUUUUUACUUUUGUAAAGCAUAAUCUGUUUUAUGUAUUUAAAUCAGAAAUUUUAUUGCUGAUAUUCUUCUAUACAUUGUUUUUCUAUCUUUUGAGUUAAUAAGUAGCUCAAUUAUUCGGUUUUAGUAUGUUGACGAUGAAAAGUGUAUUAUAAACUUGUGCCCAAAUCGGCCUGGAGUAUGUAUAGAUUAUGAAUGAUUGUCAAAGCUUGGUUAAAAAUAUAUUUAAAAAAAUAUUGAAAACACAAUUUGUAGAUGUGUAAAUAGGAAACAAAUGUGAUGAAUUCUAUUUCUAAUAAAUUGUAUAGUAAGUUUGUUAAGAAAUAUCUGCUGACUCUUCCACGAAAAAAAACAAAACAAUAAAUGCUUUUUAUUUUAUCCUUUUAUUAUAUUUAUUUUAAACAGGGUAACUUUGGUUUGGUAUCGUUUUAAUGGAAUCCUCGGCAAAUUCAGUACAAUGUUAAUUUAAUUGAUCAUCUAAAUAAAAAAUAGUGUGUUUUAACGAUUUUUCCAUUCGGACAAACUAAUGAAAUCGAAGGGCAAGAAAACCUUCACGCAUUCAUAUAAAAAUUACGAAUUAUUUAAACAGUUUUGAAGUUGUUUCA